UAGACGAUGGCUGAACCUGCAGGAGUACCAAAGCAAAAAACUAAUGGCAGACCAUGGGGUUACAGUUCAGAGAUUCUUUGUAGCUGAUUCUGCAAAUGAUGCCCUGGAGGCUGCUCAGAGACUAAAGGCAAAGGAAAUUGUUCUGAAGGCACAGAUUCUGGCUGGAGGGAGAGGAAAGGGUAUUUUCAAUAGUGGAUUGAAAGGAGGAGUUCAUCUAACUAAAGACCCUAAGAUUGUUGAACAGCUUGCUAAACAGAUGAUUGGGUACAAUCUGUCAACAAAGCAAACUCCAAAGGAUGGUGUGACGGUUAAAAAGGUGAUGGUUGCAGAAGCACUGAAUAUUUCCAGGGAAACAUACUUUGCAAUUUUGAUGGACAGAGCCUGCAAUGGACCUGUUAUGGUUGGCAGUCCACAGGGUGGUGUUGACAUAGAAGAAGUUGCAGUUACUAGCCCAGAACUUAUCUUUAAGGAGGAAAUAGAUAUUUUUGAAGGUAUAAAGGAUCGUCAGGCAUUGCAGAUGGCAAAAAAUUUGGGCUUCAAAGGACUUUUGCAACAGCAGGCAGCAGAUCAAAUUAAGAAGCUGUAUAAUCUCUUCUUGAAAAUUGAUGCCACUCAGGUUGAAGUGAAUCCCUUUGGUGAAACUCCAGAAGGGCAAGUUGUUUGUUUUGAUGCCAAGAUAAACUUUGAUGACAAUGCAGAAUUUAGGCAAAAAGAAAUAUUUGCCAUGGAUGACAAGUCUGAAAAUGAGCCUAUAGAGAACGAAGCUGCCAAAUAUGACUUAAAAUAUAUAGGACUGGAUGGAAAUAUUGCUUGCUUUGUCAAUGGAGCUGGACUUGCAAUGGCAACAUGUGAUAUAAUAUCCUUGAACGGUGGAAAGCCAGCCAACUUCUUGGAUCUCGGUGGAGGUGUGAAAGAAGCACAAGUAUAUCAAGCAUUCAAGCUGCUGACUGCUGAUCCAAAGGUUGAAGCAAUACUUGUAAACAUUUUUGGUGGGAUCGUGAACUGUGCCAUUAUAGCCAAUGGUAUUACCAAAGCUUGCCGAGAGCUUGAGCUGAAAGUACCUCUGGUGGUCAGACUGGAAGGAACAAAUGUUCAUGAAGCCCAGCGUAUUCUGAAUGAAAGCGGACUCCCCAUCAUGUCUGCAAAUGACCUUGAGGAUGCAGCAAAGAAGGCGGUGGCUAGCGUGGCCAAAAAAUAACAACUUGAAGAUUAUUCUCAUGGGAAGUGUGUGUGUUUCACGAGACGUCAUUCCUGUUGUUGUUUCAGAGAGGAUUAGUGGAGUUUUUCCAAGCAGUCAUCAGUGUUGGUGGACGGAAUUUAUAAUACAUGGCAAACUCAGGCCAUAGGCUUGCAGGUUAGGCUUCAGAAAUUUGGCAGAUACAUUCUUGAAAAGUUUGUGUGUCCAUCUAAUUUUGGUAAUUUUGUUGUUCAGAAUUGUAAUAAGUAAUACUUGACUUCAUAAAGCUCUUUUUCUGCUUUCCUUCCAGAAUUGUCACUGAUAAACUCAUGCUAAGAUACAAU